UGAGACCGUGGUUGGUGUAAUUAUCACCUUAUUAUUAUGGUUUAAGUUGUGUUUGUUUGCAAGAAAAUGGUUACGUGGGCAAGUGGCCAGUUGGGGAAACUGGACCUUUCAGGGGGUGUGUCGCCGGUGUACUUAUCUCCGUCCCUUCAUAUGAACUGGACCAGACGACCCUCCUCACUCUUCAGACCUCACAUUUGGAAAAUUUGCGUUGUUAUGAAGCUUGAGAAAAAGCUACACUUCCUCACAUUCUCUCAUAAUCUGCUAAUUCUAAUUCACUGUUUCUCUUCCCUUGAUCGUUUAAAUCCCUCUGUUUCAUGAAAUCAUGGAGCUGUGCCUUUAGCAAUUGCGACUUUGUAGAAGGACUUCUAAGGUGUAUUUAUGUCCAUGUAUAUAUCAAACAACCGGCAGAGCUCUUUUCUGAGAAUGGGAAUAGUGCAAGUGCAACUAAUAUGAUCAAGAUUAGGCCAUAUCAUUUGAAAUCGGUUCUUUUGGAUUGCAUUCCUACAUGCAACAACUUGAAAUCUUUCAAAACUAUCCAUGCACAGUUAGUUACUUCAGGCAUUGUUCGCAAUGACUUAGUUGUCAACAGGGUUGUUGACUUCUUCGGAAAAUCUGGUGAUUUUGUUCAUUAUGCUUGUGGUUUUCUGAAACAAUGUGAUUGGCGCAUAAGCUCAUUCCCUUUUAAUAGUUUGAUUUCUAGUUAUGCUGGCAGUGAUAGGCCACAAGUAGCGAUCUUGGGUUAUAGACAGAUUGUGAGAAAUGGGUUUUCGCCCGACGUGUACACUUUCCCUGCGGUUUUGAAAUCGUGCUCUAAGUUUAUGGGGAUUGGAGAGGGAAGACAGAUUCACGGGAUUGUUGUUAAGAUGGGUCUUGUAAUUGAUAUCUAUGUGCAAAACUCACUUAUUCAUUUGUAUGGUAUCUGUGGUCAUUGUGGUGGUGCUGGCAGAGUGUUUGAUGAGAUGCUCGUGAGAGAUGUGGUCUCUUGGACCAGUAUCAUUUCUGGGUAUGUAAGGGCAGGGUUGUUUGAUGAGGCUGUAACUAUGUUUUUGAGGAUGGACGUGGAGCCCAAUAUCGCAACAUUUGUUAGUGUGUUAGUUGCGUGUGGGAAAAACAGAAAUCUGAGUAUUGGGAGGGGAAUUCAUGGGUUGAUUUUUAAGCGUCCGUUAGAGGAAGGUUUGGAGGCCAGCAAUGCUCUCAUAGACAUGUACGUUAAGUGUGAGUGUUUGAAUGAAGCCAAGCAAAUUUUUGACGAGCUUCCUCAGAAAGAUAUUAUUUCUUGGACCAGUAUUAUAAGUGGAUUGGUUCAAUGUAAUCGUCCCAAGGACUCGUUGGAGUUGUUUUAUGAUAUGCAAAACUCAGGCGUUCAGCCUGAUAGGAUUACACUUACCAGUGUACUUUCAGCUUGUGCAGCCAUUGGAGCUCUUGAUUAUGGCAAAUGGGUACAUGAAUACAUAGAUCGAAAGGCAAUCAAAUGGGAUAUUCAAAUUGGAACUGCUAUGGUUGACAUGUACGCAAAAUGUGGCUGCAUAGAUUUAGCAGUGCAGACCUUCAAUGGAAUGGCUAGUAAGAAUAUAUUUACAUGGAAUGCUUUGCUAAAUGGGCUGGCAAUGCAUGGACGUGGCUGCGAGGCACAGGAACUUUUUGAAGAAAUGGUAAGGGUGGGCAUGAUGCCAAACGAGGUGACAUUUCUUGCCAUUUUGACAGCUUGUUGCCACUCUGGCUUGGUAGAUGAAGGGCGGAAGUACUUUCAUCAGAUGAUAAGCUGGCAGUAUAAUCUUUCUCCAAGGUUAGAACACUAUGGAUGCAUGAUAGACUUGCUUUGCAGGGCUGGACUCUUGGAUGAAGCUUUACUUCUGGUAAAAACUAUGCCUAUGUCACCUGAUGUUCUUAUAAUGGGAGCUAUUCUGAGUGCUUGCAAGGCUAAAGGAAUUUCGCAUCUCUCUCAACAUGUACUAGACCACCUCAUAGAACUUGAGUCUCAAUAUAGUGGGGUUUACGUGCUCCUCUCUAAUAUCUAUGCUUCUAACCAAAGAUGGACUGAUGUGACAAAAGUAAGGAGGUUGAUGAAUGAGAAAGGAAUUAAAAAGUUCCCUGGAAUGAGUAUUAUAGAGUUGGAUGGUAAGGCGCAUGAGUUUCCUGUUGGGGAUAUUAGCCAUCCUCGAAAUAAGGAUGCUUGGAUAUUGCUAAAGUUCCUCACCAACCAAAUCUUCCGUGAAGGAGGACUUGACAUUUCUGUCCUCUCGAUAUUGCACUGAGAAUAAAGUGGUUGUUGACUAAAUCUAAAAGAAAGAUAUGGUGGUUUAGCAGGCUUGAUUUCAAGUUCUUAUCUGAGUGCAUAAGUGCUGUUCCUAUUGUUUUAGACUUGGAGUCUGGAGUUUCUGAUACUUCCUGUUCUCCAGCUAUUGCUGUAGUUUCAGUCUCAGAAGUUUCUGAUGCUUUCUGUUUUCCAGUUGUUACUUCGGUUUGGGACCUAGAGGUUUCUCCUUGUUCCAAUUUUCCUGAAUACCUCUUUGGGGUGGGCAUUGGACCUGAAAAAGAGUUUGAUGUAUCUAAUUCAUCUUCUUCUAACACACAUUUAGACGUCCAUUCAAGUUCUAUAUCAGUACCAGAAGAUUCAUCUAGGAACCAAAACAGCUUCUUUGCUGGGACAAGACUUACCAUUCCAGUAGUGGUGGAAUCUUCCAAGAGUGGUACAGUAGAUUUUUUGACAAAGAGGCAUCCAAAGCCAGAUGGGUUUUCCCCAAAAAUCUUGUAGAAGGAACAAAUGACAAAGUCUGGGCGAAUGAGAGAGAGGCCAAAGCUGUCCAUGUCCUUUGGUCCCAAUGCACAAGCAUCAAUCAAGAUAUGCCAGCCAUUCUCCUGCGCGAUGGUCAUCCACAUAUAACGAUAUCUGGCUCCAGUCACUCUAGAAUGAACCGGAAAGACAAAUAGUCCUCUCUUCUUCUUCUUUUUGCUUUUCCUCGUAACCAUCUUCCUUAAUUUUGCUGAAUGAAUCCUGAGCCUAGGCCAAGAGAACUCUGCUGACAUGACUUUGGCUCCUUUCUUCUCAGAACAGUGAAUCAUGGUUUCUACUGCUUCACUCUCAUAGUCAUAAACAGUCAGAAGCUUCUGACUAGAUUGGAAAGGAUUCUAAUUCUGAUUCUUGGCCACCAUGAAGUAGUUGUGUCUUCAGAUUUCCCGUCUUGCAGGACACACUGAAAAAGGGAAAACGUGAAUUUUGAGGAGGUGAAUGUGGAGGGGAAGAGACAAUUUGUUUUCUGGAGUCAUGUUUUUGUAGCUGGGAAUAGGAGAAGAGACCGAUGCCAAUGUAAUCAAGGAAGAGAUGGGAGAGACUCGGGGUCUGUGAAUUGGGCGUUUGGGAUAGAGGAAGUUGCUGUCACGGCAAAGUUCUGGCGACAAAUUGCUACUAAGCUUCUGGUCUUGCCCCUUUUUUCCCGGGGCUUAUGAAAGCCAAGGAGAGGGCUUGGGCAGCAGCCGUUAAGGCAUAGUUGGGAGGCUUCUUUUAGGCUAGGUGAGUGCAUUUUUUUUUUUUUUUUUUUGCUCUCUCCUCAACAAUGUUGAUAUUUUAUCAUUGGUUUCUGCUCUUUAUUUGCUUUCUUGGUGUGGUUUCUUUGUUUCUUUUCAAUCAGCCAGGUUGUUAGCUUGUGAGAAGCAUUUAUUAUUAUUAUUAUCUCUCAUCAGCAGUCACUUUUGUUUUAAAACGUGAUGGGGACAGGGUGCCUCUCAGGCUCCACUAGGACAGGUUGAACAGGUCAGACUAUAAAAUUGAUUUUACGUCUCGUAUUUUUCACGAAGUUGACCUUGUUGUGAUGUGUUACUGAACAAUCAGCGCAAAUUUAGUCGAUGGAAUUAAACUAAUACACACAUUUAAAACUAAUUCAAUUUGGAGAGAAACCAUAAUGCCUGCACCUUUCCCUUAAGGCUUUGUUUGGAUGAGGGUGAACAUGCAAAAAGUACAGAGCUAAUUUGUCACUGGUGAACAUGCUGCUAGAGGCAUUUGAGCUAUUAUUUUUGCUUUCGGACAAUUAUUUAAACUCUUUGGUCUUCAGAUGAAGGAUGGUUAGAUAUAGGUGUAA